CCAUGUCACAUUAAAAAAGGUCCAGUUUCACACUGUCAACGUGAAACACCCCACUCCAUUUUACAAGGCAACCACUCUAUUUAUCCACAGCAUGCACCCUCCUAGAUGCACAAAAAUCACACUUACACACACACACACAAAAACUAAGUCACCAUGAACAACUUCACACUUGCAUCCAUUUUGACUGUCAUUUCUGCAUUACUCUUCUUAGCAACUCAUUUGACUAACACCCCAACAAGAGCCACACAGAAACACCUCCAUUUCCAAAAGCACAUACAAGUAGCUCAAUCCACGUGCCAAGGAACACUCUACCCCGAACUAUGUGUCUCAACCCUUGCCACAUUCCCAGAUCUUACCUCAAAAUCUCUCCCACAACUCAUUUCUUCUGUGGUCAACCAUACCAUCUACGAGGUAAAAUCAUCCUUCUACAACUGCAGCAGCCUCAAAAAGAAGAUCAGAAACCUCAACCCACUUGAUCAGAGAGCCCUCGAUGACUGUCUCAAACUGUUCCAAGACACAAACCUGGAACUCAAAGCCACCAUCGAUGAUCUCUCCAAGAGCACCAUUGGGUCCAAGCGCCACCAUGACUUGCAGACUCUGCUCAGCGGAGCAAUGACCAACUUAUACACGUGCCUCGACGGCUUUGCUUACAGCAAUGGGCGCGUCAGAGACAGAAUCGAGAAGAAGUUGCUUGAGAUAUCGCAUCACAUGAGCAACUCCUUGGCCAUGCUGAAGAAAGUUCCUGAAGUGAAGAAAACAACUUCGAAAUCUGAGGUUUUCCCCGAAUAUGGAAAGAUGAAAAAGGGUUUCCCCUCGUGGGUGUCCCCCAAUGACAGAAAGCUUCUCCAAGCGUCUGUCAACGAAACCAAGUUCGAUCUCGUCGUUGCCAAAGAUGGCACUGGCAAUUUCACCACCAUAGGGGAAGCACUUGCUGUGGCUCCCAACUCCAGCACAACCAGGUUUGUGAUACACAUAAAGGAGGGGGCAUAUUUCGAGAAUGUGGAAGUGAUCAGGAAGCAGACGAAUCUGAUGUUUGUUGGAGACGGCAUUGGGAAGACAGUAGUGAAAGGUAGUAGGAACGUUGUGGACGGGUGGACAACUUUUCAAUCAGCUACUGUUGGUACGUCUUCUUCUUCCUUCCUUCCUUCGGCUAAUAUUGGAUUAAUUUUUUAA